AUGCCAUCCACGGAAGUUGUGGCUCCCGACACGCUUCGCCUCGAUGUCUCGAAACAGUCCUUAACCCCUUCGUACGUCAAAGUGGCGCCAGCUAAAAGCAGCGGCAGCAGUACGAGUCGUAGCAGUGACGAGAGCUUCCAGUCCGACUCCAUCCCGGGUGACGAUACGGCCGACGUCGCGUCCCUUACGCCCUCAACCCUCGAGUCCGACGACCUACCACCACCCCCUUGCUCAGUAGACAACCAGCAGCAGGUCAAAUCCAGCAGUAGCUUCGACCUCCAGGACCUGACAAUGUCUCACCUGCGGGACAGCACCUUUCGUGACAGCACCUUUCGUGACAGCUUAAUGCCUCGAAAUGGCUACGGCGAGUCCAAUGGAGCAGCAGGACGAGCGACUGAAAUGGGCAACGCCCUCAUGCGUCUGGACGAGGGGUACCGUCAGGCCUAUCAGAGCACGUCGAGACUCUCUUCCAGCUCGACUUGUGAAGGUCUGACGCCGUUGCUCCAGGCCGCCAAAGCAGGCGAUAUCGUCCUGGUGAACGCACUUGUGAUCCAAGCGGGCACGGACAUCCUCCGACGGGACCCGGUGUUUGGCCAAACGGCUCUGCACUUUGGCAUUCGAGGAGGCCACUUGAACGUCGUGCAGGCGCUUCUGAUGCCGCAACUGCGGGACUCGAUCGUGAACGUUGCGGACACGCGACGGAACACGGCGCUGCACUUGGCAGCCGCCAAGUCCCGUCGCAUGACCAACUUGCUGCUGGAAUCCGGCGCCGAGGUGAAUUUCCUCAACAUGCGGAACCAAACAGCGCUCGGGGUGCACAUUUUGACGGUCACGAGGGACGACCCGACGAUGACGGAGAUUCUACUGCAGCACGGGGCGAAUGCCAAUGCGCCCGUGGACAAGUCGACGAUUUUGCACGUGGCGCUCGAUAAAGGACUGACUCGGAUUGCGACGCGGCUCAUGCGUCAUAACGCACGGCUGGACUUGAAGGACGAGGCAGGCAAGACGGUGUUUGAUAAGGUGGACCGGUCGAUGCUGGAGACGCUCAUGGCCAAGGUGGGGCACCCACCCGUGUGGGUACCUGAUAACGACCGGGUCGAGUGCAUGGAGUGCCGCAAGAAAUUCGGCAGCUUGGCCUUGCGUCGACACCAUUGUCGGAUGUGCGGCCGGGUCCUGUGCUCGAGCUGCUCCACUUGUCGCGUCAAGAAGCUGCCGUUCUCGACGAGUGGACGUGGCAAGAAGAAGAGCAAGGCUGACAAGGGGACAGCUAAUGCUCGGGCGUGCAAAAUGUGCUACGAUAUCUGCGCGAAAGGAGAGCUGGAAUCGUCCUCGUUGAACAAGGAGGGAUGCGGAUCUCUCUCGAGUACCAAGUGA